GUUGGUUGGAAUGGCUUCAGGGGAGCAGGUGAGUGCUGUCUUGGUCCCAUGGUUCCUAUGGGACUGUGGUGAGCAGAAAGCACUUUGUAGCUCUGGUCUGUGGGGUUGUGCCCCUAUUUGGGUGGCUAUGCUGUUUCUCCAGAGGAGACAGGAGGAGCGGCGCAGGCGCAGGGCUCAGCAGCAGGAGCUGCAGGUGGCAGAGAGCCUGGGGAAGCACCCACUGCAUAACAGGUACAGGGUCCUGGCUGUGGGAAGCAUCCCAGCACCAGGUGGUGGUCUGGGGGGGAAGAGGGGUCCAGACCAGCUGACAGCCCUGUUGUCCUUCAGGUGGGCCCUGUGGUUCUUCAAGAAUGACAAGAGCAAGAUGUGGCAGGCCAACCUGCGCCUGGUCACCAAGUUCAGCACAGUGGAGGACUUCUGGGCGCUGUACACCCACAUCCAGCUGGCCAGCAAGCUGACGUCAGGCUGUGACUAUUCCCUCUUCAAGGACGGCAUUGAGCCCAUGUGGGAGGACAAUCAGAACAAGCGCGGUGGGCGCUGGCUCAUCACCCUCGCCAAACAGCAGAGGCACACGGAGUUGGACCGCUUCUGGCUGGAGACGGUGCGUACCGGGUCGGGGCAGCGACAUCCCCCUGCUGCGGCCCUGAGCCCAGCCUGGGGUCCUUCCCCUCUCCGCAGCUCCUGUGCCUCAUCGGGGAGAUGUUCGAUGAGUACAGCGAUGAGGUGUGCGGGGCCGUCAUCAACAUCCGUGCCAAGGGGGAUAAGAUCGCCAUCUGGACCCGGGAGGCGGAGAACCGGGAGGGGGUCACCCACAUCGGGCGCAUCUACAAGGAGCACCUGGGGCUGUCGCAAAAAGUGGCCAUCGGGUACCAGGCGCACGCGGACACGGCCACCAAGAGCGGUUCCCUCACGAAGAACAAAUUUGUGGUGUGAGAUUGGGGUGGUGGGAGCAUGGGGGGAGCGGGACCCCCCUUGCCCGACCCCACAAUGAAUGGCUUCAGCUCAGCGGGCUCCGUGUGUGCUGGCGUUGGGGCGGUGCGGGGCGGGCUGCUGCUGGGGGCUGUCCCCGUGUCGCCACCCGCACUCGGGUUGUUUCCCAGCACGGGGGAGGCAGCCGUGGGCUGACCGCGAA